AUGCCAGAAAGGGUAUAUAAAGAAUUCAAAUGUACUCCUAUUUAAUAGAUGAAAGGUAUAAAUUUAAGUCAAUCCCCUCAACAGCAAUUUAUUAAUUCUUAAUUAUAAAGUGAGCUUGAAUAUAAAAUACAAAUAGUUCUCUAAGUAACAGCUUAGAGAGGAAAACAAUAAUUUACAAAAAGAUAUAAAAGGAAAAGAAAUUAUAUUAGCUUAUUGAAGAUUAAUCAAUUAAUUAUCGAAUUAUAUAAAAAUAAAGUGAAGAAAUAUUGUUUAUAAACACCAUAUAUAAAGAUGUAAUGGAAUAAUGAUGAAUAGUUAGUUACAUAAAUUUAAUCAUAUUCAGUAACAAAUAAUUAAUUGAUUGUUUUUAUUAAUUGCUGA